GGCUCUUUUAUUUAUUUAUUUAUUUUUAAGAAGAAGAAGAUGAUCAUCUGUGAUCAGCUCUCAAUGCCUGUCGCAACAGGAAGUUGUUGGAAUUCGUAUCGGAUCGGACAACAACAACAUUACAACAACAACAGCAGAGUUCUCCGUUUACGUUCAUCCGACAAAGAUUGUCGAUGGAUAACACCAGAUAUUGCAACGAUAGCUUCAAUAGCAUACGAAGUAGCACAAGUGACGAGGACAUGGUGGAGAUAGCAGGGGCGACAUUAGACUUCUCUAACACGGAGGAUGUACCACCCUUGGACCGAGACUAUGGUUCUGGGGAUAACCCAGGUAUGGAGGAGGUAAACGGGGUUCCUAAACUGAUGGACCUGCUGGAUGAGCCUGUGCCAGGGGUGGGCACCUAUGAGGACUUUAACACCAUAGACUGGGUGCGGGAGAAGUCCAAAGACCGCGACCGGCACAGAGAGAUUACCAGUAAAAGCAAAGAGUCCACAUGGGCACUGGUGAACAGUGUCUGUGAUGCUUUCUCUGGAUGGCUGCUCAUGCUACUGAUUGGACUCAUGUCAGGUGCAUUGGCAGGUGGGAUCGACAUAUCAGCCCACUGGAUGACAGACCUGAAGGAAGGGGUUUGUCUGAACGGGUUCUGGUUCAACCAUGAACACUGCUGUUGGACCUCCAACGAGACCACCUUCCAAGAGAGGGACAAGUGUCCACAGUGGAAAAGCUGGGCUGAGCUCAUCAUCGGCAGAACAGAGGGUCCCUUUGCGUACAUUAUGAACUAUCUAAUGUAUGUGUGCUGGGCUCUACUAUUCUCCUUCCUGGCUGUGACACUGGUCAGGGCCUUCGCCCCCUAUGCCUGUGGCUCUGGAAUCCCAGAGAUCAAAACCAUAUUGAGUGGUUUCAUCAUCCGAGGGUACCUGGGGAAGUGGACCCUAGUGAUUAAGACCAUCACCCUGGUCCUGGCUGUGUCGUCAGGGCUCAGCCUGGGGAAGGAGGGACCCCUAGUCCACGUGGCCUGCUGCUGUGGCAACAUCCUCUGCCACCUCUUCACCAAGUACCGAAAGAAUGAGGCCAAGCGCAGAGAGGUUCUGUCUGCUGCUGCUGCCGUUGGUGUGUCUGUGGCUUUUGGUGCCCCCAUAGGAGGAGUGCUCUUCAGUCUGGAGGAGGUGAGCUACUACUUCCCUCUGAAGACGCUGUGGCGGUCGUUCUUCGCAGCCCUGGUGGCAGCCUUCACCCUCCGCUCCAUCAACCCAUUUGGAAACAGCCGCCUGGUGCUGUUCUAUGUGGAGUUCCACACCCCCUGGCACCUCCUGGAGCUCAUACCCUUCAUCCUUUUGGGCAUCUUCGGGGGCAUCUGGGGCGCCUUCUUCAUCCGUGCCAACAUCGCGUGGUGCCGGAGGCGUAAGACCACGUGGCUGGGCCACUACCCGGUCCUGGAGGUGCUUGUUGUCACCGCGCUGACGGCGGUGGUGGCUUUCCCUAACAGCUACACCCGCACCAGCACCAGUGAGCUCAUCUCUGAGCUCUUCAACGACUGUGGCCUGCUGGACUCCUCCAAGCUGUGUAACUAUGACAACGCCAACGUCACCAAGAGCAGCAACGAGCUACCGGACCGCCCGGCUGGAGAUGACGUUUACACGGCCAUGUGGCAGCUGUCCCUGGCCCUGGUCUUUAAGAUGCUCAUCACCGUGGUUACCUUCGGCAUGAAGGUUCCCUCUGGUCUUUUCAUUCCCAGUAUGGCGGUGGGGGCGAUCGCAGGCAGGCUGCUGGGAAUAGGCAUGGAGCAGCUAGCCUACUACCACCAUGACUGGGCGGUCUUCAGGGGCUGGUGCUCUCCUGGUGCUGACUGCAUCACCCCAGGCCUCUAUGCCAUGGUGGGGGCUGCUGCCUGCUUAGGUGGGGUGACCCGUAUGACCGUGUCCCUGGUGGUCAUCAUGUUCGAGCUGACCGGAGGGCUGGAGUACAUCGUGCCCCUGAUGGCCGCAGCCAUGACCAGUAAGUGGGUGGCAGACGCCAUCGGGCGUGAGGGGAUCUACGAAGCUCACAUCCGUCUCAACGGGUACCCCUUCCUGGAGGCCAAGGAGGAGUUCAGCCAUAAGACCCUGGCCAUGGACGUGAUGCGGCCGCGUCGCAGUGACCCGCCGCUCUCCGUACUGACCCAGGACGGCAUGACGGUAGAGGACGUGGAGACCAUGAUCACUGACACCACCUACAGCGGCUUCCCUGUGGUGGUCUCCCAUGAGUCCCAGCGCCUAGUGGGCUUCGUGCUGCGCAGGGACCUCACCAUCUCCAUAGAUAAUGCCAGACAGCGUCAGGAUGGGAUAGUGAGCACAUCGAGGGUCUUCUUUACAGAGUACACGCCCCCUCAGCCCCCCAACAGCCCCCCUCCUCUGAAGCUCAGAGGCAUCAUGGACCUUAGUCCCUUCACUGUCACAGACCACACCGCCAUGGACAUUGUGGUGGACAUCUUCAGGAAGCUGGGACUGCGCCAGUGCCUCAUCACACACAAUGGCCGCUUGCUGGGUAUUAUCACAAAGAAGGACAUUCUGAAGCACGUGGCUCAGAUCGCCAACCGGGACCCAGACUCUAUCCUCUUCAACUGAUGCUAUAGUACCAGCUGUAGCACUUUAGGCCAGACAUCACUGUGGAACCACAGCUUUUACCCAGGCCUGUCUCCAUUGCACUAUGUUCAUGUCUAGUGGAUUCCUCUCUGCAGUGACAGCUGGCCACUCCAUUAGAACUGGAGAGGUAGAGGAUUCGUUGUUCUUCAACAGCAAGCUGGCUUUCCAGGAUUGGCCCAAAUGAUGAGUUGGAUUUUGAAAAACUGUAUGACUUGUUAAAUGAGUGUCAGUAACUGGGAGAAUAUGUUUUUCUUGGCUCUAUUGGCAGGAGUGGUCUUCCUCUUCAGUUGACAGAUGAGAGUAGGCAUGCUGGGUGUGGCAUGUGUCUCUGGAGAGACCAAGGAUUGUAAAUCAGCAGAGACGAGUCUGAGAUUUAAACCACACCACUGCCAAGACAUACUCCACCUUCCCUCCUCCACAAAGACAUCUUAACCCAUACAAUCACUAAGCGAGGAGUGAAAAUGAUCAGCCUCCACCUAUCAAAGUAUCAUGAAGAAAUUCUCAGCUGAAAUUCUCAGCUGAAGUCUGCCUGAAAUAUUUGUCAUGAAUGAGCACUUGCAUAUGGCUGUCAAGACUAAAUGUAUUUUAUAUGGCAUUAUAGCUAUAGAGAAAAGUGUUUCUCUCCUUGGUAAUGUCAUAUUCCUCAUUGCGUUUUUGUCAUGUAAUUGGUUGUGGUUUUAACACAGACCUGGAGAUGAUGUCCUCUUCGUACAGGGACACUGUAAAACAGCAUGGAUUUCUUAUUCAUUAUUCACCAGGAUAAAAUAAGCUGCAUAAAAUAACCCUCCUCUGAAACCAGCAUGCUGUGGUUCAUUUUGACCACAGGGAGGUACUAAUGUGCACUACCUAGAUGUGGUUUACGGUCACAUUACUACAUUUUAGUACCAGGUUAUCAGCAACAAACACUCAACAGUGGAAAAUAAUGAAAUAUGAAUGUACCUUUUCAGUUAAUGUUACGUAUUGUAUAAGUUUAUGGGUCACUUUAUCCGGCACACUACAGAAUCCUCAGUAGUGUGCCGGGUAGUCGGAGUAUGAGGUCGUAGAGAAGAGUAGUGUUGGAUGAGGUGAGGGAUGAUCGAGCGAGAGGUCUCCAGUGUGUCAAAUCUCUUUUCGUCCUCCAGCUCUUACCUCUCCUCUCGCAAUGUCCAUGGAUCUGCAUGCCCUUCCUACCUGCUGGCUAAGGCCAAGGCAGGGGCAGGCGAUCUGGAGACGGGACUGGCCUGUCAACAGUCUAGUAAAGAACUCUGGAUCUCUUCUCCCUUUUACCUCAUGCUGUCUCACGAGACCCUCAUGUCUUACCCUCCCUACAACAUCAAAGUCCACACUAAGAAUGAGUAAUUGAAACGUAGCAUACUGUCUCUUACACAUUAACUAAGCUGAGGGACCUCAAAUCUCACUUUUACCUAGAGCAGAUACCCUGGGAGGUUGAUGGUGGACGUUCUUAAACUAGAUUAAUGUAUUCCUGUACAUUAUUCCUGUACCUUUUAAGGACAAGUGUGACUUCAACCAAGUCUGACCCUUUUUGUAUUGUAUACCGUAGUUCAUUACAUCAGUAAAAUACUUUGGGGUCUCAUAGAGCUAAACACAUUAUCACAUAAAAGCACUCCAUUUAAAAAUACUUAUCAGUUGUUUUUGGAGAUGCAGCUACAGUAAUCAUAUGUAACAUCAUCAAACCAUAUGUCUAUGUUAUUUGUAUUUAUGCUAACUGCAAUGGGUUUGUAUCACUACCAUCUUAUGUAAACGUGCAACUGGGAUUCAUUUCAUAUUUGCUAUGAAUUAAAACAACGUUAACCUUCA